GGUUAUAGGGGCUGAGCCGUGACGCAUUAUGACGCUGCGGGGCAUGCAGGGGUCGCGCUCCUUGUUUGCAUGCAGAAAGAGGUGACCAGUUUACCGAUGCAAGUUUCUGAUGUUGAACCGCAAACGGGUCGGAGUACAAUCUGGCUAAGCCUCAAAUGUGCUUGUUUUAUACUCAACGAGAACCGCGCACGGCACCUGCUCUGCAAGUGAUUUGCAUUGUACGUGCCAUUUACAGCAAGCAGGUCUCGGCUUACGUCGCUGCAAUCUCCCUGAGAAACGCUACCGGUAUCAGGACUUGAUCCAACACAAGUUCCUAUCCCUUUGCAACUGCAAAACCGAGAAAUUCCAGCAAGUUCACCACUUCCGGUCCGGCGGGUUGUUCAACGGCUUCAACAGCGGAAGUGGCAUAAGAAGUGAGGACUCCUUCCGGUUCCGGCCUCGCGAGCUCCAGUGUGGCAACAUGAAACUGCUCACCCACAAUCUCCUGAGCUCGCAUGUGCGCGGCGUGGGCACGCGUGGCUUCCCGCUGCGGCUGCAGGCCACCGAGGUCCGCAUCAACCCCGUGGAGUUCAACCCCGACUUUGUAGCGCGGAUGAUCCCUAAAGUGGAGUGGGCGGCGCUUGUGCAAGCGGCAAACACCUUAAACCUGACCGAAGUACCCAAAGAGCCGACUGAAGGUUAUGAACAAGACGAGACGUUUUUGAGGAAGAUGCACCACGUGUUGCUUGAGGUUGAUGUGCUAGAGGGCACCCUGCAAUGCCCAGAAUCUGGCCGUCUUUUUCCCAUCAGCCGCGGGAUUCCCAAUAUGCUGCUGAAUGACGAGGAGACUGAGACGUAAACUUGUUAGCCGCCACUUUGGCAUUUUGUGAUGUGUCAGUUGUAUAGUCUGUUAAAUAGGUGUGUGACCCCGAUCUCCCCCCAGUGACUCAACAACCACCAUGUACUUGAGCUCCAUAGUAUAUUUUUUUUCUCAUUAAAGGUUCAAAACCAAAA